GUUGAGUGAAAGUUGACGGUUCUGGUAGUACAAACAAAUGUAAAAAAAAAGUUAGUGCCAUUUGUGUUGACGGCCGGUAUCGGACCGGUACGGUCAAAGAAGCUCAAGCACACAGAUAAACCUGCACCACCAUCCUCUAUGGGACCAAAGGUCCACCACCGUACAACCAGCUCCUCUAGACUCGGGCCUAACUCCAGAACCACUUCAGCAACUAGACUAGGUGCAAACUUACAGCUCACACAGAAAGACCCGCAGUUUAACACCAAUAAACAACCGCAGCCUGCGCAAAGCAAGAAAAAUGCUCUGGGUACACACGACAAUCAUGGAAGAACUUCCACUUUUCAAAGAGUAAACAGUUCUCACCGGAUAGCCUCGAAAGACCAACUUCCACCUUUUCAACCAGUCCCAAAACGUCCAACCUAUACAGCAACUGCAAAGGCUAAUGGAACAAAGGCUAAGAGAGGUUUUAUUAUUGCUUCUAGUCCUAGCGACGAAGCAGACGAUGAUGAAUGGGUUUCCAGUGAAAGUGGGGCAGCUACGCCCAACUACGUUGAAGGUUCUGAUUCAGGUGCCGAAUCCGAGUUGGUUACGCCCGCUGAAAUGACCAAGCUGCUUGAAAGACCAACAUCGACGAAAUCCAACGCCACGAAAGAGAUGGUGGAAGAGCAGGACAGAGGAAGAGCCGAUGGAGGGGUAACACCUAUUCCUCGCGUGGAUAUCGCACGUCCACCGCAAACACUUGACCCUCAGCUGCCUCGAGGCAAACUGCCUGCCGAGCCAGAAUUAGAUUCAUUGCGUCCUGCACCUCCCCCUCCACCAGCAGCUUCUCAGAAUUACGAUAGACGAGCUAGUUUACCUCCAAUGGUCACAAUGAUCAACUCUGUCGAGCCAUCGCCAAUCGACACCCCUGCUGUUGCUCCUCGACCCUCGCAUAAACGGCGUCCAUCUACUCGUCCUCCGUCUACUCAUUCGAUCUCCAGCAGACAUGAGCCCCUGCGACCACAUCCGUUAAUCCGAGGCCAAUCGUUUGGCUUUCCUAACAACAAACUUGCUCCCUUAGCAAUGACCUCUGAUGUUGCCUCGGCGCAAUUAUCUUCUACUCCUCCAGUCAAUAUCGAACAAUCACGGCAUCACCCGAGCCCGCUAUCGUCUUCCCCUGCUACUACUAUCUCUGGUUCCCCACCUUCACCUUCUAACAAUCACAACUCGUUGCAUCAUCAGCUUCCAUCAAGGCGUACAUCCAUAUCUUCUGCUCGUUCUGUGGCCACCCUCCCCGCCCACUCUCUUCGCGAGCCUCCCCGACAAGGAAAGGAUCGUAACCGUACCAUCUCGACGAUCUCUAUUUCGUCUUCUUCAGCUGCGAUAUCUUCUUUGGCUCACAUUCCUGCCACGCGUCCACCAAGCCCGCAACGUCUAUCCGUCGUAUUUCCUCCACCUAGCCAUCCUCAGUUUCACACGGCGGGCGUCCAUUCACUUCUUCCUCCCCCUUAUUUGACCAAUCAUUUGACUACUUUGGCCCAUCGAACACCUCUUCGCGAGAGCUAUGACCGUGUUAGAUAUGCCAAACUAAUGGCUCGGAGAUGAAGACUAUUUUUCUCAACGGUGACAUAGUGGUGAAUAUAUCUUGUCUUGUUUGUGUACAUAUCUACUACCUCCUUGAUUCUUUAUGUCCAUAUACUUAAAUUGUUAUUAUUGUAUCACUGUAUAUUGCCUCCCCUUUUGCCUUGCGCAUUUAGGUUGCACUUGUCGAAUAUUUCAACAAUAGAAAUUCUCCAUCGUUUUUGGCCGUACAUAUAUCAUUAUGCACACGUUAGCUGGUAUUCUCUGGGUGUCCGAACCAGGUCCGAACACUCAAGAGUGUC